AUGAGUGAAUCAUAUCCCGGUGUAACUGCACCAUUAUCCUUGGCAACCCCAAGCCCGCAAGAUAUUCGACUUACAGCAUCAUUGGAAGAGACGCUGGAGAGAUUUGGCAUGUACGACAGCGAGCAACGCACGGUGGAAAGAGAGAAUGCAUUAAAGCGAUUACAGGAAAUCACACAACAGUUUGUAAUGAAUGUGUGCGAACGUCGAAAGGUGCCAAAAGAAACAUCAAAGCAGGCAGGAGGGGCCGUAUUUACCUAUGGCAGUUAUAAGCUAGGUGUGAACUCUGCUGAUGCUGAUAUUGACACUUUGUGCGUUGUACCAAAUGUCAUUUUUAGAAGCGAUUUCUUUCAGGAAAUGCUCACAUUACUAAGAAAGACACCCGAGAUCACGCACAUUACAGCCGUGCCAGACUCGUAUGUCCCAGUGAUAAAGUUCAAGUUUAAUGACAUUCCAAUUGAUUUUGUGUGCGCUAGGUUAAAUGUGUCCCAAGUAACACCCAGCAUCAACCUGAAGGACUCAUCAAUUCUCCAAGGCCUUGACGACAGAUGCAUUCGAAGCAUCAAUGGUACAAGAGUUGCCGAUGAUAUAAUUCGUCUCGUUCCCAAUGUCAAUACGUUUAGAAUUGCUCUUCGAUGCAUCAAAUUAUGGGCCAUGAAGAAGGCUGUUUACUCCAAUGUCAUGGGAUUUCUAGGUGGUGUUGCUUGGGCUAUUCUAGUCGCUCGUAUCUGUCAACUGUAUCCCAAUGCAUGUGCUAGUGUGAUUAUUAGCAAAUUCUUUCGUAUUCUGACUCAAUGGAACUGGCCAUCGCCAGUCAUUUUAAAGCCAAUUGAAGAGGGUCCUGUUCUCAGCUCAUCAUUGAGACCUUGGAGUGCAAAGUUAAAUCCAGUGGAUAGAACGCAUCGUAUGCCUGUCAUCACGCCGUCGUACCCCAGCAUGUGUGCCACGCAUAAUGUUACAGCAUCGACGCAACGCAUUAUAUUGGGCGAGUUCAACAUAGCAGCUCAAACAGUAGACAAGAUCAUGGCCAAUCAGCUACCUUGGUCUGCUCUGUUCCAACCCCAUACAUUUUUCCACAACUACAAGUACUAUCUGCAAGUGGUUGUGAGUGGCGAUACGCAUGAAAGAUUUCUAUCUUGGUCUGGGCUCGUGGAGGCAAGAUUGCGACAACUGGUGCUUAAGCUGGAAGCCGUACCAGUGAUUGCGCUUGUGCACCCGUUUGUGGAUGGAUUCAAACACGAGUACAAAUGCCACAGUGCUCAAGAUGUAUAUGAUGCGACACACGGACAAAUUGUCUCGCACAGCAAGGGAAGCAAAAAGAAGCCUGUGUAUGUGUAUACCAAGGUAUUCUACAUUGGGCUGUACAUUCGCAUAAGAGCAGAUCAUCCUCGCACAUUGGAUUUAACAAGACCAAUCUAUGAUUUCACUCAAAUGCUGAAACUAUGGCCAGAGUAUCAAAGAAAUCAUAUGGGCAUUGUGGUUGAAAAUGUCAAAAGAUCUGAUUUACCUGAAGAGGUAUAUCCCAAGAAAGAUGCUGCCAUGUCCAAAAGAGCUUUAUCCAAGUCGCCAUCGCCUGUAUUACAGCCAACAACCGACGUAAACCCACUCUCUCCCAACAUCAACAAAAAAGUGAAAACAAGCACGCCAUUAUCUACUACAUCACCGAUACCUGUACCAGUAUCAAACGAACAAGCAACUCCUAUCGCCAUGGCAUCUACAGUGUAA